AUGUCUACGUAUAGCUAUGAAAGCAUUCCAAAGAUGGAUCAAUUUCGAACAGGUGGGCAACGUGAAUUUCUGAGAGCAGCUGAAGAUGCUGCAGAUGAUAUCUUGAGGCAUACAAAACAUUUUCUACCUCAUGUAGCACGGCUUUGUCUUAUAUCAACAUUUAUUGAAGAUGGUAUCCGUAUGUGGUUCCAGUGGGAUGAUCAAAGGCAGUUUAUGCAGGAUUCUUGGUCGUGUGGUUGGUUACUUGCUACAUUUUUCGUUGUGUUCAACUUUUUUGGUCAGAUCAUUCCAGUUGUAAUGGUUAUGAUUCGUAAAAGGGUUGGCAUAGCAUGCAUUUUACUAGCUUCUGUUGUUGCUUUACAAACAAUCGCCUAUCAUAUACUAUGGGAUUUGAAAUUUUUGGCAAGAAAUGUUGCCGUUGGAGGUGGCUUGCUACUUCUGUUUGCUGAAACACAGGAGGAAAAUCGAAGUCUUUUUGCUGGUGUUCCACAAGUUGGUGAUGCAAAUCGUGGAAAAUCUGCUAUGUUACUUACUGGGCGAAUAUUUCUCAUAUUCAUGUUCCUGUCAUUGAUUCAUUUCGAAUGGAAUUUUGUGAAACUUAUCGAAGUAGUUGUUGGUGGAGCUUUGAUGACACUUGUGCUUGUUGGAUAUAAAACAAAGCUUUCCGCUUUUGUACUUGUUAUAUGGCUAUUUGGUUUAAAUCUCUACCUGAAUGCUUGGUGGAUAGUGCCAGCAGAUCGUUUUUAUCGUGAUUUCAUGAAAUAUGAUUUCUUUCAAACAAUGUCAGUUAUUGGUGGACUGUUGCUUCUGGUCGCCUAUGGUCCCGGUGGUGUUUCGGUUGAUGAUUACAAGAAACGAUGGUAG